CACCUUUAAGGGGGAAAAUGAAAUACCGCAGCUGGAAAAAAUGUUACAGUUGCGUGACCUUCACAGCGUGAGCGAAAGCAAAACCCAACUGUUUCUAUCCUCGUGGUCACACCGAGGUUAACCAGGGGUCAGUAAGUUCAUUGAAGGGGGGGUAUAUAAGCACACGCAAUGUCACUGAGAGUGAAACCGGUCGCGAAUGAGCGAAGUCCUUUUGCACGCCCAACUUAGUUCGGGAAGUUGCAAUCGAACACCGAUACUUCCAGUGGUAUCAUGGGUCUAGGACGGCUUCUGAUCCCGGGGGCCCUGGCUGUGGUCUGCGUUGUUCUACACGGUGUCUGUCCGGUCCGCUCGCAAGGUCAGCAAUUUUGGAACGACCAGGCGCAACUAACCUUGGAAAAAGCUCUUCACCGCCAGCGAACCCUCAAUACUAACACGGCCAAAAACGUGGUAUUCUUUGUGGGCGACGGCAUGGGAAUCUCCACCGUGACUGCAGCUCGGAUCCUGAAGGGACAGAACAUGGGAUACCCUGGGGAAGAGACGGUGCUCGCCUGGGAGAAAUUCUCGAGUCUCGCUCUGGCAAAGACAUACGGGGUCGACCGCCAAGUAGCCGAUUCUGCCGCCACGGCAACGGCGUUCUUCUGCGGUGUGAAGACCAACGAUGCCAUGGUGGGCCUGGACGAGAACGCUCUGCUAGCUGACUGCUCGACGACUCGAAAUGCGUCUGUAGAGUCAUUCUUGACAUUAGCUCACAGAGCAGGUAAGGCCACGGGUUUCGUGACCACGUCACGGGUGACCCACGCUACACCUGCUGCCCUCUAUGCCCACUGUCCAGACCGUUACUGGGAGGACGACGAGGACGUUCCGCCUGAGGAGCGUGCGCUGGGCUGCACGGACAUCGGAUCGCAGCUGGCAGAGAACGGCAAAGACUUUGAGGUAAUUCUCGGAGGUGGAAGACGCGAGCUUACCAGCAGGGACUUUAUCGAUCCGGAAUAUCCGGAAAAAGAUGGACACCGAGAGGACGGCCGUAACAUUAUAAAUGAAUGGCUUCUGAGCAAGCCGACGGAUCGAAGCAAGUAUGUCUGGAACCUUGAUGACUUCAACAACGUCGACCCAAGUGAGACCGACCACCUCAUUGGACUGUUUGAGAGGAGCCACAUGCACUACGAAAUUGACCGCCUUGACGAUGAAGCUGGAGAGCCCUCUCUUGCCGAGAUGGUGGAGAAAGCCAUUAAGAUACUGCAGAAGGACCCGGAUGGUUUUGUUCUCGCAGUAGAAGGUGCACGCAUCGACCACGCCCACCACGGCGGGACAGCCCGGCUGGCCCUUCUGGAGACACUUGCUAUGGAGGCGGCUGUUGCUAAGGCUAUGGAACUGACCAAUGAGGAGGACACUCUCGUCAUCGUGACGGCCGACCACAGUCACACCUUGACGAUUGGAUCUUAUCCUCGCCGCGGCAAUCCCAUUUUGGGACUUUACGGGAAUGAAGCUGAAGACGGUCUACCGACGACAACCCUCUUGUACGCCGACGGGCCUGGCGGCUUGCUGGAAAUGGAGAGUUACAACCGCACAGGCGCUCGGCGGAAUCUUAACCACGAGGACACCGAGCAUCUGGACUUUGCCCAACCGGCCAUCAUUCCUAUGGACGACGAGUCCCAUGCGGGAGAGGACGUGGCCAUCUACGCCAACGGACCGAUGUCGCAUCUCUUCCACAGCACUCACGAGCAGCACUACAUAGCGCACGUCGUCAAGUACGCCGCUUGUCUCAACAGCCAGGGGCAUUGUAAAACAAGUAACGCACCCCCUUGCAAGAAACUCAGCCCAGCUUACCUGGCAUUAAGCAGUGUCUUGGUAGUAGCCUUUUUUAGUAUUUAAAGCUAAGACACUUUAAUAUAGACAGUACUCAAUGGCUCUUUCAUAGAGUUUACAACCGUAGCGAAGUUUAGGUACAAAUAAUCUUUAUGCAAUAGUUAAUUUACAAAAGGAAGGUGUGCCAUUUCUGUUUUAUGUUUACCUGUAUAAACGGGCUUUAGUUUUAGGAAGUUCGUUUCCCUUUUGCAUACCAACAUCCAGGCAGGAUAACUUGCAUUAUGUUGGCACGUGAGGGAGAAAGAUAUAUCGGCAAAAAUAAAUGUUCUGUUUUACUAAUUAAAUUUUGCGUGUACCAUUAUAAUCUGAUUCAUUGAAACUGCCCUUUUCAUUUGCAGUUGUCCUCACGGAAGAUGGUUAAAAAUCUUUUGAAUUUAUAGUUGAUUUUCACGCUUUAAAACUGUCCACCCCUUGGGCAAAUGUUGCAUAAAAAGAAAGGAUUUAUACACUGUAUUUGCGAUUGUGGUCUCGUCCCAUCUCAACCAGCUUGUGUAACUAAGCUUCUUGAUGUGAAAGUAAUAGUUCAUUCUCUUCAUGAAUCCAUGAACCUACUUCGCCAUACUUUGAACUUUGUUGCUAUUAGAAAUUAAUAAUUGAUUACUUGGUCUAUUAGCAUUGACACUUUGAUCACAAUCACAUAUCUCUAUUUUUUAGGAGUAAUUGAUAGCAGUCAGCAGGGCUCCUUCUUUUGGUAUGAUGAUUUUCCUAAUCCUGGCAAUGAUUGACUAAGAGCGGAACUCUGUUUCUGAAGUUGGCAUUUGUUACUAUAUUUUUGAUAAGAAAUAAGCUUUAUUCCUGAAAGAAAAGGAGAAGACACAUGUCCCUGGCUGUCUCGAGUUUUCUGGGGUUUUUCCCGCCAAUUCGGCGAUACACUGCAUUAAAGGCUCCAUGUAUUGUGUUCAGUGGUAAUAAAAACUUAUCCCAGCUACGGAACUGCA